UUUGGGUGCCUAUUUUUGUUACGAAUUUAUUUGUUUACAUAUUUUCUUAUGGAUUGAAGUGGAUGAGCCAAAACAUGACCAGGACAUGCAGAAUAUGUGGCGGAACCGAGGGGCGAUACUGGAUCGAAACGCCCGUGGAAAAGUACGCCGGGAAGACUUUCGUGCAGUUAUUGACAGAACUGACCAGAAUUGAGGUGGCUGCACUUUUGAUCGAGAAAUUGCCCCAGUGGAUCUGCGCUGUGUGCUCCCAUAAACUGGAAACGGCCUAUGAAUUAGUGAUAUUAGCUCGAGAGACUCAUAAUCUGUGGAUGCAGAAGUUAGAUGACGCAGCUAAGGAUCGAGGCGAUGAGUCGCAAGGACUCGAAGCACUGGAGUGCCUCAAUGAGACUCCUAUCCACCUGGUUGAUAUCGAAGGAGUAACAAUAAAAACAGAGGAACUAGACCAUACACCUCCCGUCUCCAGGAAAGACCCUCUCGUACGUCCUCACCUUGCCAAGAGGCGUAUUACACAUUACAGUGAUCCUGACGAAGACCAGGACGAUGUACCGCUUCACCAGCACCGCAAACACUUGUCGUUUUCUGUUCAAAAGCUGCAUAUUUGCAGUAUCUGCAACAAGGCCUUUCGAUAUGUAACAAAUCUGUAUCGGCACAGGCAGAGGGACCAUGGUGCGCCCGGAAAACCAGGAACUGAGUUGGACGAAGAUGAAAACUACUAUAAGUGUGAUCAUUGCGACAACUCAUUCAAGUAUGUUUUGGAGUUGGUGAAGCACAACCAAAAUGAACACAAUGCUAGUCUGCUGCCCUCCAAAACAUACCUACAAAAAUAUAAAAUCUCUCGCCGACCAACACCAACGACCGUUGAGGCAAACCCAUCCAGUCCCGCAUCUACUUCAGAAACUUCUUCGCAACGAAAGAAAACCAACAGCGACACCUUGGUGCACAGCUUCAUCAAAACCGUAGUGCUCUCGGAUGAAGAUGAAAACAGCAGCUCCGACAACUACUAUAAGUGCGAUCAGUGUACAAAGUCCUACAAAUACGUCAUUAGUCUCAUCAAGCACAAGCAUAGCAAGCAUUCCACAGAAGAGGGUCAGUCAGGAAGAAAGGAGGUCGAAGAGGAUCAGAACAUCGGUGCUUCUGCGUCAAGAGUUUCUGCAGCUGUACUGCCAAAGCCAUCAAGGAUCAACCGACGCGUCAAUGGAUUUGAUCUUCAUCGAUGUGAGCCCAAUGGGGCUAAGGAAAUUAAGUGCAUGAUAUGCUUGAAACGGUUUACAAAGCUUCGCCAGUUAAGAGAUCAUCUAGAAGCGCAUCCAACUGACUUUGAUUUCAAUGCACAUGGGGAACCGAUUGAAAGAAUUGCCGAGGGAUUCUUUAAGACCGCUGUAGAGUCGACGACAGAGGGCUUGAAGCGUCGAAUAUUGAGAGAUUUGAGAAUGGGGGUUUAUGGGCGAUAUUAUUCCAUCACAAAUCAAGCUCGUUACGAAAUGAGUCUGGAUAGUUCGGAUACAGACAGUGAUGGUGAUGGUGAGGAUGUCGUGGUGAGACGUAGCUAUGUUUGCGAUCUGUGCAAUGAUCCGGAUGCUAGGUGGCCGCGAAAAUAUCAAUUACACAAGCACCAUCUUCAGGAGCACAACUGGUUAGACGCUCCACACGUCUGCCUGCGUUGCGAUUCCAGGUUCUUGAACGCCGAUCUUCUGGAUCACCAUACCAGCCAGCUGUGUCAAAAUACCCUUAAGCGAUUCAUGUGUGACAAGUGUCCACAACGCUUUUUUUGGCGCAGGAAUCUUCGCGCCCAUCUUGCCGAACAUAAGAGCAAGCAAGAGAUCUACCAUUGCGAUCAGUGCUCUCGUAGCUACCAGGACAAGAGUGCCGUAACCAAGCACAAGUUAAUGGUGCACCGGGAAGGUAGCGAGGAACUAUUUCCCUGCCGUUGGUGCACUCGCACCUUUUACCGGCCCGCCUUAUUGCACAAGCACGUCAAACGCCAUGGAUUUAGUGGAGAUGACCUGCCGUUGGCAGAAACUCUAUUGGCAGAUGCCGCCAAGCCGUCUAGGCCGAAAAGUAUCCAGUGCAAGCUGUGUGAAAUCCAGUUUAUCAGCGUGGUGGAUCUACGGCGACACAUCUCCAUGCAGGGCCACAGUGAUCAGCCAUCGGCCUACAUGAUAAGCACGGAAGCUGGCUUCGAAAUGCUAAUAGACGACACCGAUGACAGUGACAAGGAGAGCUCCUCAGGCAGAAGCUACUACUGUGAUCUGUGCCAGCUCAGUUUCCGGCGUAGAAAAGACAUAAACGAACAUCAGUACUCCCUGCACAGCUUUGAUAAGCUGCCAUAUGCCUGCGAGCACUGCAUCUUUAAAACUGUGGAUAAGGGUAUUCUGGAGCAGCAUCUGAUCACCCAAUGUCGGAACAAUGAAAAGAAAUUUAUCUGCUCGCGCUGUGGGUUCAAAUUUAUGUGGGAGGAUAAUUUGACCCAGCACCUGGCCACCCAGCACCAAACAAAACAACAGACCAUUCCGGAACAACAGGCACCACUGAGGCGGAAGAGAAGGUUCCGCUAUCAGUGCCCUCAUUGUUGGCGAUCCUUUGUGGCUCAGCCUAGCCUGGACAAACACAUCCGAGACAUGCAUGUGGCCAAGAGGAAUGUGGGAAAGAAGUAUCUCUGCUCUCUGUGCGGCUUGGAAGCGCAAACUCCCAACAAACUGAGCAUCCAUAUGCGGCGUCACAUGGGUGAGAAACCAUUCAAAUGCGAUCUCUGUGACAUGCGCUUUACGGUUUUCUACGAGCUGAAGGUCCACCGACGAAAGCACACGGGCGAAAGGCCCUACCAGUGCACCUUCUGCUCCAAGGAAUUUGCCCGCCCCGAUAAGUUGCGCCGACAUGUUUUUAUCCACAACGUUAAAUCGUAAUGAGGCAACGU